ACGUGGCUGCCAUUUUGGUUCGAGUUUCAAUGUUUAUUCCUUGUACUUGUAAGCAGGGAGUAAUCGAAUUUCUUAGAUGGUUUAACCAACUGGGCAAAACAGAUUUUAGUUUUAACCAACUUUUGUAUGACCCACUUGAUGGUAUACUUUCUGUACGCUACUAUGAAUAAGCGACAAUUAUUGACCUAAAGAUCCUCCAAAAGACAAAACAUGUCUGAAAAUGAGCGUGAAACUGUUACUAAUGUGCUUAUAAAAGAAAUAAAAGUGGAGAGAGAUGUCGAACAGAAAGAAUUCGUAGACUGUAUUAAAGAAGAAAGGGACCAAUGGGGGGUCGAGGCUGGUGAUGCUGGACUGUCUGAUGAUGCUGGACUGUCUGAUGGUCAUGAUGGACGUGGGGUCAAGCACGAGGUGGACAACAUGAAGGAAGAGCCUGUGCAGCCUAGUAUUGAAUUUGUUGGGGUCCUUUCAUAUGAAGCUGAACUGGAGCAUCAGGCGGGGCAUAACUUCGACGCGAAGCCAGAUAUUAAAGGAAACAAAACACAUGCGAUGAAAAAACGAAAACAUACAAAUGUCAAGGUCAAGGUUGAAAAAGGAACGCCAAGGUUCACUUGUGAAAAAGGGACUUUCACUUGUGACACCUGCAAUAAAGUGUUAACAAACAAAGCUCAAUUAACCAAGCAUUUUAAAAAUUACCACGGCCCUUUUUGCUGCGAUGUUUGCGGUAAAGAAUUCAAGUAUCGCUCUCACUUGUAUAACCAUCGACGAAUACACACAGGUGAGAACACAUACUCCUGCAAAGUAUGCGACAAAAAGUUUAUAUUGAAAUCGCAAUUGAUCAGACACGAGCGCAUCCACGACGACGUAAAACCGCACACUUGCGACAUCUGUAAAAAGCAAUUCAAACAAUCGGGACAACUGUAUAUUCAUGCGCUAAUUCACAAAGGUGAGACAGCAAAACGGUUUGCCUGCAAAGACUGCCCGAUGAAAUUCACGCACAAAUACAAAUUGGUCCGUCACGAGCGCGUCCACACAGGCGAGAAACCAUACGAAUGCACUGUAUGCCACAAGCGGUUCACGCAAAAUGUUCUGCUCGGUCACCAUAUGCGAGUUCACACGGGCGAUAAUCCGUUCACAUGUGAAAUAUGCUAUAAGAAUUUUCUGUCAAAACACGAUUUGUUGAGACACAAAAACACUCACACUGGAAGUAAGCCUUACCAAUGUGAUAUAUGUGAAAAAGGUUUUACUCAAAAAUCUCAUUUAAAUGUGCACAAACUACUGCAUACUGGGGAGAAGCGUUACCAGUGCCACGUCUGCCAAAAGUAUUAUCCGUCUUCAAAUGGUCUCAAUAGACACCUUCGCACACAUAGCGACUCUGACGAGAAGCCGUAUCGCUGUGAAGAAUGCGAUAAACAGUUUAAGGAGAAAGCACAUCUGUCUGCCCAUUCGCUAAUCCACAAAGGAGAUGAAGCAAAACGAUUUUAUUGCGAACAAUGUCCAGCGAAGUUUAAUCAUAGAUACAAAUUGGUUACUCACGCACGUGUUCACUUAAGUGUUAAAGAGUUUUCUUGUAAAACGUGUGAAGAGAGUUUUACAGAGAAAUACCAGCUUGACAACCACAUGAUGUUAACGCACCCAGAAAAAGUGUCGACACCAAAGGUUUUUCCAUGCGAAAUAUGUGAUAAGAAUUUUGCGUCGAACAUAGAUUUGGAAAGACACAAACGUAGCCACACAGGAACUAGACCGUUUUCUUGCGAUGUUUGUGAAAAGAGUUUUCUCCAAGUAGCGCAUUUAUCGUCACACAAACUCACGCACACUGGGGAGAAGCCCUACACGUGCGACAUAUGCAACAAGCAAUUUGCAGUUAAAGGUUACUUGAGUAAGCACAGACGAAUUCACACUGGGGAAGAUUCGUAUUCAUGUAAUUUGUGUGAUAGACUGUUUAGACACAAAGGUAGACUGGAACAACAUUUAAUAAAAAAGCAUACUCAUGAAGCUGAAUCAUCUUAAACUAAUAUACACACAACACAACUGAGACUAGCCCGACUGACUGAGACUGACACAGCGAGCUAUGGAAAGGGCUAUGCUCGGAGUCUCUCUGAGGGAUCGUAUUCGAAAUGAAGUCAUCCGUCAGAGAACUAAGGUCGUUGACAUAACCCACCGGAUUAGCAAGCUGAAGUGGCAGUGGGCCGGUCAUAUUAGCCGUAGAAUCGAUAACCGUUGGGGUAGACGAGUUCUCGAGUGGAGACCGCGCAUCGGCGUAGCGUAGGACGCCCUCAGACUAGAUGGAGCGAUGACCUUCCCAAGGCGGCUGGCAAGAGCUGGAUCAGAGUUGCCGCAAAUCAUGCUCAAUGGCGUGCAAUAGGAGAGGCCUAUGUCCAACAGUGGACGAGAGUAGGCUGAUGAUGAUGAUGACAACUGAGGCAACAUAUAAAUAAGUAUUAUAGGACAAUAUUACUCAAUUUUAUAAUUUAUUUAUAUAUUUUUAAAGAAAUACGUCACUGUGGGUGCAAUGAGAAAAAAAUAUCAAAAUUAUGAUGGGAAUUUAAUUAAGUACCUACUACAUAAAUACUAUAAUAAAUUAUAACAAAUUUGCCAAGUCACACGACAAGCUUAAUAAGGCUGGUGCCGUCUUGUGGGUACUUAAACAACUAUAUGUACCUAUAUUAAUAUGUCUUUGUCUCACGAAAUAUUUUUUAUUAUAACAUGCAGGCAAUUUACCUAUGUCAUAAAGUAUGUAUUAGACGUCUAAAUAUUAUACAGUGUGGAAAGAUAAGUCGGGCCCUGGAGGGAAACUACCUUAAAUCCUUAAGCUGGCUCAUUUUACUAAAAGGAGACAUUCCUUUAUUUUUAAAAAGAAACAAAACUGCAUUCAAAGUAUUUUUCUAUUUUUCUUCAAUUUGGCUUGUCUAAAAAAAUCUUGAGUACUAAAUGUUAGAUUUUAUGGAUAUUUUGUACGGCAGACGAGUGUAAGACCUAAUGUUUCUUGGAGAAAAUUUAUCAUUAACAUUAACUGUAUCGACUAGUAGAAUAAAAUUGCAAGUUUUUAUUUAUUGGAAUUUUUAGUCUGUUCGAGUUCCGGGCUAGGCAAGCGAGUUUUAGAAAAUCUUUAGAUGCAGUUUGGUUUCUUUUUAAAAAUAAAGGAAUGUCUCCUUUAAGUAAAAUGAGCCAGCUUCAGGAUUUAAGGUAGUUUCCCUCCAGGGCCCGACUUA